CUUGUCGUGCCUGCUGUGAUGGGCAUCGCGUGCAGCGAGAUCAGCUGUGAGCCUGGCAUGACACGGAUGGAGGCUGAGAACAACGGGAAGCCCCUGCUGGUCCGUGAGGAGUCAUCUCUUAAUAUCCCAGCUAUUGCUGCUGCCCACGUUAUUAAGAGAUACGUUGCCCAGGCACCGGGUGAACUCUCCUUGGAGGUGGGAGACCUCGUGUGCGUCAUCGAGAUGCCGCCUCAGGAGCUGAGCCCCCGCUGGAGAGGCAAGCACGGCUUUCAGGUUGGAUUUUUCCCUGGUGAGUGUGUGGAGCUCAUUAACGGAAAAAUCCCGGAGUCUCUCAUCAAUUCAGUGCCAAAGCCAGUGCCAAAGAAGCGCGGCAAGCUCCUCACCUUCCUUCGUUCCGUGGUGAAGGCCCGCCCAAAGCAACGGAAAGAGCGGGAGGUGGAGAAGGAGAGGGUGUUCGGCCGUGACCUGGGAGAGCAUCUUCUUCACUCUGGUCGUGAUGUCCCCCAGGUCCUCCAGAGCUGCGCCGAGUUCAUCGAGCAGCAUGGCGUGGUGCAGGGGAUAUACCGCCUGUCCGGCGUGGCGUCCAACGUCCAGAGACUGCGCCAGGAAUUUGAGUGUGAGCAGGUUCCUGAGCUAACCGUCCGCGACGUUCACAGCGCGAGCUCCCUCUGCAAAAUGUACUUCAGGGAGCUCCCGACCCCCCUGCUGACCGACCAGCUGUACGACAAGUUCUCGGAUGCUGUUGGUGCCACUACAGAGGAGGAGCGGCUGGUCAGAAUGCGGGACGUCAUCCAGCAGCUGCCUGCUCCUCACUACAGGACCCUGGUGUUCCUGAUGAGACACUUGGCCUGUCUUGCUGCAAACAGCUCUGUCACCAACAUGCACGCUAAGAACUUAGCCAUUGUGUGGGCUCCAAACCUCCUAAGAUCACAGCAGAGCGAGUCUGCCUGCGCCAGCGGGAGAGCUGCCUGCACGGAACUGCAGACGCAGUCGGCUGUGGUGGAAUUCAUCAUCGACCACACAGACGUCCUCUUCUGCUCCACAUCCGGAUCGGACAUUGCAGAUGGAGCAGGGCACAAUUCACUCUCGGGGCCCCAGUCUGUGCGGACCUCUUACCCUGCCACAGAGCUGCUCAGCCUGGAGGAGGCACAGGCACGGAGGCGAGGCCACAGCAGCUCUCCUGUCGCUGCGACAGAGAGCAGUGACAUAGAGGUGGAAGAAGGCCCCACAGCUGUACGGGGGAAAUUCCACACAGUCAUCGACUUUCCACCUGAAAGACCAAGUCCACCCAGCAAGAUAAAGGAAUCACCAGCUGGCUGUUGGUGUUCCUGCUUCAGCCUGGGGAAACCAUCGUCUGGGGCCAAACGCCAGCCACAGCACCAUCCCAGGGAGCCCUCGGAAAUAGAAAUCGUAGUGCUGGCAGGUAAGGGUGCAAAUCCAGCUUUCAACGCCUUGCUUUUCAGCAACAUAGAAUUCUUGCUGUCAGUGGGCUUGUAUCUACUUCCAGCGUUCCAACCCAUACCUAACACCUUUAGUUCUCCCCUGAUCAAGAACCCCUUUUAUGAACUGAGCCCUUGUCCACCCAGAAGAGCCGGAGAAAGUAGCGAAGCUGGGCUGUGUGCUUCCACCCAUGGAGAGCUCUUGGGAAGCACAAAUGGCUGCGGAUCACGUGACAGCCUUGCACGUAGCAACAGUGAUGGAGAGAGGGAGCUCAUCCAAGUUGAAGCCCUCAUUUCUCCCGGCUGUGCUGAAGAUGCUGACCUGUGCCCACCAGGCACCGCAGUCACCAGCCUGGACUGUGACCCGGCACCUUUGCAGUGCAGCCCAGCCCAAGUACAAUCCGAGUGCCCCGACAGCAACACCUCUGUGCAGGAGCAGGUCAGCAUCAGCGAGGAGGAGCAGCAGAGCCUCUUGGAGGGGGGCGUACAAUCAGGCCUCCAGUCCCAGGCACCGUGCAGCAUCUCUGAGAGCUCUGAGCCACUCUCUACGUGA